CCCAACGUCUGCCUGGUCGAACACAAAAAUCUGGUUCCCACUCGGAGGAGAUACAGACAACCCUUCGAGCGUUACGAGCGCAUUUGGGUUCCCGAUUGCGGCUACAUCGGCAACUGGUGUGUCCGAUAUGAGAAGAGCAGAGAUGACCCGGCUCUCGAGACAUCUACGACACUUUUCGGAAUGACUGCUUUGAAAGCCGACAAUGAAUUACCAUAG